AUGAACUUGUUAAUCACAAUUCUACUAAUUACAACCACCCUUUCUAUCUUACUAGCUUUAGUAUCAUUCUGAUUACCCCAAAUAAACCCGGAUGUGGAAAAACUAUCACCUUACGAAUGCGGUUUUGACCCAUUAGGAUCAGCCCGCCUUCCAUUUUCACUACGAUUUUUUUUAGUAGCAAUUCUAUUCCUUUUAUUUGACUUAGAAAUUGCAUUACUUCUCCCACUCCCGUGAGGAAUACAAUUAAUAUAUCCCACCAGCACAUUUAUAUGAGCGUCUUCAGUCGUUGUUUUGCUAACAUUAGGCCUCAUUUAUGAAUGAAUCCAAGGAGGAUUAGAAUGAGCUGAAU